CGGGUGAGUGUUAGGGGAGGGAGGGCGGUAGAAAGGGGGCCACCCACAGCCUGGAGCCCCCGCCCUGCGGGUGUCUCGCGCGCAUUCCGUGCGUGUGAGUGUGUGGAUCUGUCUCGCGCCUAAAGUGCGUGCCCGCGCGCUCCGCCGCGCGCUCCCCCUCCCCUCGCCCCACUUGGUCCUCCCACCCCAAUCGGCUGCCUCCUCUCUCAGCUAACGCCGUCCCCCCCGCGCUCUGGCUCUGGCGCCGCCGCAGCCGUCGCCGCUGGGUGAGUCUCGCGCCGCUGCAGCCGGCGCGCGCCAAGCUCUCUGCUCCUCCCCCUCCCCUUUUCGCUGGGGGGGCGUGGAAGGGGGGGCUCCACGGUGUGGCUGUAUGUGUGUCCGUCCCGGAACCGGAAGUGGUUGUGGAGGAGCGGGCGAUGGGGAGGAAUGGGGGGGCUUAGGGGGCGGGUGUCUGUCUGGUGGGUGGCAGAGUUCAGCUCCCUGGAGGAGAAGGAGGGACGUCCCAAAGAAGGGUCUUUGAGGAAGGGUUGGGGGACGACAUCAAGAGAAGGCUCCCAGGGACUGUUUCAGGGGAGCAGAGGUUUUGGGGGGACAGCUGGGGUCUUCAAUAAAUAGACCACUGUGCAGCCUGAGGGAGGUACUUCUUGGCGCAAGGCCUUUGGUAGGCAGGGGCGAAGUCCUCGUAGAAGUGUGUGUGGGGGGGACCAGAGGAAGUGGCUGGGCCUGAACUGGCACUGUGCCUGACACAAGGGCUUGUGCACCCCCGCCCCCCAAGUCCUCAGUUUUGCCCUCUGAGCCAAUCCUCAGGGGCAGGGACCUUUCUCUUCCAACUCUUCUGUUCUCUGAUCCCUGGUUACCUGUGGCCCUGUGGAACGAAGAAGAAUCAGUGUCUGAGGCCAGGAGAGGAACCCAAACACUGGUGAUAGAGUUCAUCUGAGUUUUGGGGAAUUAGAUUUAUUUCCCUUGUGUCUGCAUAGGGGUGGCACUGCACUGCUGUUAUUACAUCCUUGCACCUUUGGAUUGUUGGCUGGGGGUCUGCCUGCCUUCUCCACUGACUGCUGACAGUCAAGGAAUUCCUCCACAGUUCUUUGGUGUCUUCAUCCUCACUGGCCCCUGUAACCCAGACAAUUUGUUUACAGAAAGUUCAGGAGCCCUGGAAAGGAGAAAGAAUAAAACAACAGGAGGAAGAGAGAGAGAGGGUAGAAUGGAAGAAUCUCACUUCAAUUCUAACCCGUACUUCUGGCCUUCUAUCCCCACAGUCUCAGGACAGAUUGAGAACACGAUGUUCAUCAACAAGAUGAAGGAUCAGCUGUUGCCAGAGAAGGGCUGUGGGCUGCCUCCACCCCACUACCCCACCCUGCUGACAGUGCCUGCCUCAGUGUCCCUGCCCUCAGGCAUCAGUAUGGACGCAGAGUCCAAGUCAGACCAGCUGACCCCACAUAGCCAGGCAUCCGUUACCCAGAAUAUCACGGUGGUCCCUGUGCCGUCUACAGGACUAAUGACUGCUGGAGUCUCCUGUUCUCAGAGGUGGAGAAGAGAAGGGAGUCAAUCAAGGGGUCCUGGUUUGGUAAUCACGUCCCCCUCAGGCUCCCUUGUGACAACAGCCUCAUCAGCUCAGACCUUCCCCAUUUCGGCUCCCAUGAUUGUCUCAGCUCUUCCCCCUGGCUCACAAGCCCUGCAGGUGGUCCCUGACCUCUCCAAGAAGGUAGCAUCAACCCUAACGGAGGAAGGAGGUGGAGGUGGUGGUGGAGGUGGCAGUGUGGCUCCUAAGCCCCCCCGGGGCCGAAAGAAGAAGCGGAUGUUGGAAUCAGGGCUGCCCGAGAUGAAUGACCCUUAUGUCCUCUCCCCUGAGGAUGAUGAUGACCAUCAGAAAGACGGCAAGACCUAUAGGUGCCGGAUGUGCUCACUGACAUUCUACUCAAAGUCGGAGAUGCAGAUCCACUCCAAGUCACACACCGAGACCAAGCCCCACAAGUGCCCACAUUGUUCCAAGACCUUCGCCAACAGCUCCUACCUGGCCCAGCACAUCCGUAUCCACUCAGGGGCUAAGCCCUACAGUUGUAACUUCUGUGAGAAAUCCUUCCGCCAGCUAUCUCACCUCCAGCAGCACACCCGAAUCCAUACCGGUGAUAGACCUUACAAAUGUGCACACCCAGGCUGUGAAAAAGCCUUCACACAGCUCUCCAAUCUGCAGUCCCACAGACGGCAGCACAACAAAGAUAAACCCUUCAAGUGCCACAACUGUCAUCGGGCGUAUACAGAUGCAGCCUCACUAGAGGUGCACCUAUCUACGCAUACGGUGAAGCAUGCCAAGGUGUACACCUGCACGAUCUGUAGUCGGGCAUAUACGUCGGAAACAUACCUUAUGAAACAUAUGCGCAAACACAACCCUCCUGAUCUCCAGCAACAAGUGCAGGCAGCGGCAGCAGCGGCGGCAGUGGCCCAGGCCCAGGCCCAGGCUCAGGCCCAGGCUCAGGCUCAGGCUCAGGCUCAGGCUCAGGCUCAGGCUCAAGCCCAAGCCCAGGCUCAAGCCCAAGCCCAAGCCCAGGCUUCCCAGGCAUCGCAGCAGCAACAGCAGCAGCCACAGCCACCACACUUCCAGUCCCCUGGGGCAGCUCCCCAGGGUGGCGGUGGUGGGGACAGCAACCCCAACCCUCCACCCCAGUGUUCCUUUGACCUGACCCCCUAUAAGACGGCGGAGCAUCAUAAGGACAUCUGCCUCACUGUCACCACCAGCACCAUCCAGGUGGAGCACCUGGCCAGCUCAUAGAGACCUGUGCUGCCACCCACUGGGAAGAGGGGAAAGAAGUUCUGGUCUCUUCUUUCUCCAACUCCUCUUGGUGGGAAAAGUCCUCUUCUUCCUUGACAGGCCUUGGCUCCAUCUCCAUGGGCCUCAAGCAUGGCCUUCCUUCCAAGGAUACCAUCCUUAUUUUCAACUCUUCUUCAAAAGGAAUAUCAACCCUCCUGAUUGGCAAAGGAAUACUGAGCUGGUAGUGUAAUCCAGCAGCCUCCCCUCCUAAGCAUAGCUUUUAACAAUUGGGAGUUGGUGCUCAAGGGAGGGAUUUGCUAUGACCUCAUAGAAACUUUUCCAUUGUGGGCACUUACUCUCUCCUUACCCUCAUAAUCCUCAAAGUUCAGGCUGAUAGAAGACUAGAGGCUGGCCCUCCCAGAUACCAGACAGAAGGGAGCCCUAAAUGCAACCAGCCUUCUGUUCUAAUCUUGCCUGUGUAAGAACAGGUUUCUCACGUGCCCAGACCCCCUGGGAGCCAUUUUCUUCCCCCCAUGGUCUCACUUCAGUUCUUGCCUAAUACUGGAGGAAGGAGAUCUGGGUGGGGGUCAGACUUCCUUUAUUUGUAAAGGGGCAUGGGCUGAGAUGUGGUCCCCAAGGGGCCGGUGAUCCCCAAAAUGGUCGAGGGUGGAUUAGAAGUAUGGGUAUGGUUUUCCUUGGAGCCUCUCCCCUUCUUUGCCAAUCAAGGCCGUAUACUCUCAGUCUCCCCAUCCCAGAACUUAGAGUUGUGGGAGCUUUGUGUUCUUUAUGAAAUCCCACAACAAAGGGGUGUUGCAGAGAAGGGAGAGUUCAGGGCAAACACAAGGACUGGACUUAGCUCCCUAGGUGCCACGGUCAGUUGCUGGACACGGAUUUAUAUAUAAAUAUAUAUAUAUAUAUAAAUAUAUAUAUAAAUAUAUAUAUGCCCACCCACUCAUCACGGCCAUUUUUGUUGUAACCAUUUCUGUGUUUAUAAAUGCAUU